AUGAUCUUCACUCGCUGGGCCUUGGCCGCCUUGGCCUUUGUUGGCAGCGCAGCUGCGACUCUCACUGCGACCGAGACGACCACGACGAUCACACUUCAGAAUGAACGUAUGAAGUUUGUGCUCACCAAGUCGACCGGUUACAUGACGACUGUGACCCUCGACAGCGUCAACCUCCUCGGUACCAGCGUGUCGAGCUCCACUGCCGUUGGACCCUACGUCGACGCCAUGUUCACCCCGGACCAGACGCUCCUCACCCUCGGCAGCGCGGCGAACCACACGAUGAUCACCGGCACCGACUCGCAGGGCGUCAAGUGGGGCGGCAUGGUCCUGUCGCUGCCCAAUGCAGAUGGCGUCAGCGGCGCCACCCUCCAGCAGUACUGGUUCUUGCGCGAGGGCGAGACCAGCCUGCACGGUUUCAGCCGCAUUGCCUACAGCGGCUCCGUCUCCAACCUUGCGACUCUUACCCAGAUCCGUACGCUGUUCCGCCCUCACGGCACCUUCUGGACGCACAUGAGCGCCUCGGAGGACUUUUACGCCCCCGAGCCCACACCCGACCCCGCCGUUGCUGCCGCGGACCUCGGUACCGCCACUUUGGUGCAGGACACCACUUGGUACCUCGGUGCUCGUAGUGCCGACCCAUGGGUGACCCAGGUGUCCGACUACUUUACCAAGUACUCGAUGACCGACACGUACCGUGACCACGACGUCCACGGCCUGUACGCCGACGGCACCCAGACUCCGAGCAACGUCACCCUCGGCGCGUGGAUGAUCUACAACACCAAAGACACGUUCUACGGCGGCCCUACUUACUCUGACCUUACUGUCGACGGCCUUCUCUACAACAUCAUGAUGUCCAACCACCACGGCAACACGUGCCCCAACAUCACCUCGGGCUUUGACCGCACUUGGGGUCCCAGCAUCUACUACUUCAACAAGGGCGCCGCGGGCCAGUCGGUCAGCACCGGUCUGAACGCUCUCCGCAAGGACGCUGCCCAGUACGCCACCACCACCUACAACGCCCAGUUCUACGACGACAUCGCUUCGUAUGUCAGCGGUUACGUGCCCACGUCGGGCCGUGGCAACUGGAGCACGACCAUCAAGCUUCCGACCGGUGCCUCGAACACCAUCGCCAUUCUCUCGGCCCCCGGAUACGACUUCCAGGACAACGCAUACGACACCAAGGCAUACCAGUACUGGGCCAACGUGUCUUCCACUGGAGCUGUCGAGAUUGACCGUGUCAAGGCCGGCACGUACCGUCUCACCUGCUACGCGUCGGGCAUUUUCGGCGACUUUGUUUACGCCAAGAACAUCACCAUCACUGCUGGCAAGAAGACCACUACGCCUACCAUCACCUGGACGGCCGAGUCUGCGGGAACCGAGCUGUGGCGCAUUGGUACCCCGGACAAGUCUGCCGGCGAGUUCAAGCACGGUUACGCCCGUGACACCACCCGCUCGGACAACAUUCCCGAGUACCGCCUGUACUGGGGCGCCCACGACUUUGUCAGUGACUUCCCCAACGGUGUCAGCUACACCAUCGGCACCAGCACCCCGGCCAACGACUUCAACUAUGUUCACUGGAGUGUCUUUGGCGGCAGCUACACUCGCCCUUCGCUCGUGUCGACCACGGCGGUCAGCAACUGGACCGUCAACUUUGACCUCACUGCCGCCCAGAUCCAGUCGAUGACCACCGCCACCCUGACCAUCCAGUUUGCGGCCGUCAGCGGCGAGUCUGGAAACGAGGACGUCGGUACCCGCAAGUACUCGAGCCUGCCGUACAACGUCGCCAUCAACGGCUACCAGCUUGACACGUUCAAGGCCCCUUACUGGCACUCGUCGUCGUGCGCCAUCCGCAGCGGCAUCAUCUGCUUUGGCGUGCGCAACAAGUGGACCUUCCCCGUGUCCAAGCUCAGCUCGUCCGCUACCAACAAGCUUGUCCUCAGCAUGCCCAACAACCCCACCGAGGGCGGCGUCACCAUCUCGAGUCUGUCGGUCAUGUACGACGCCCUCCGUCUCGAGGUCGCCUAA